UGAUUUUUUACUGUAAGGCAUAAAUCAUAAUACCGACAAUACCGUAACCGUACCUAUCAGAAUACAGAAUCAUUCAAUCGUCUCAAUCAGAUGUCUUGAUUGUUUUUGGAAUAAGGAUAAAAAAUAAUCUAUAAAUUUAUACUUAAAUUAAUUUCAUUAAUUCAGUGCUUCAUAAUAUGCUUCAAGCCUUCAAUAUACAAUAGUAACAUGUUCAUAAUUAGUACUUGUAAUACUAAUUUCUAUACAGUUUAAAAGUUAAAAAUUUGAAUUUGUAAAUCGCCGUUCCUUUUAAUUUAUAUUAAAUUAAAUUAGGUAACAAUUUUUUUAUUUUAAACAAAAGUAUGCUGGUCCAACAAAAUCUAUCAGUGGGUAUCAAAUAAAUUGUGACUUAUUGAAAUAUUGCUAAAACCAUGAAAUUUGGAAAGCAAGUAGAAACGGUUUUACAAAUGUUAAAGGAAAAAGCACAAAACAAAAUUUCGAAAUCAAAUAGUUCACGAACUGAAUUAUAUAACCGACUUGCAGUUUAUCGUCCAGAAUAUGAUAAAGUUGUUUCAUGGUAUGAACGGGUCACUGGUUUAAGUGAAGUUCGAGUAGCCCAAGAUAGAGUGUUGGAGUCUCAAAAACAAUUUAUGAAAGCUCAAGAUAGAAGAAGAGAUGUAUCAGUAGAACUAAGAACAAUUCAAAACAAACUAAAAGACAUACGGAAUGAACUUAUAAAUACUUCUAGAUCAGAAGAUAGAUACAUUGAAUUAGUAACACAGGAGCAUGCAUUAUUAAAACAAGAAAAUUCGAUCAUCGAUCGGGUUAAUUAUUGUGAAAAAGAUGAAAGAGAUAGCUUCAUAUUGCUAUCUACCACCUUGAAAGACAGUCAUGACCGAGAAAGAAUACAAGCAGAGAGAACUAAAUAUGUAUCUAUUGUUGGCUCAAUUCUUGGUACUAUUAUUGGUAUAAUUGGAAGUACUGUAAUCAAUGCAUGGAAAAUGAAUGAAUUUAAAAGAAUGGUGUUAGAUGCCAAGUUGGAUUCAUCAAAUUCCAAUAAAAGUGAUCAAAUAAAACAUUUAUUAUUACAAGUUCAAAAACAAAAUAAAAUGUUGAAAAAAGCACAGUUAAACUCAAAUAAACUAAUAAGUACCGUAGAGCCAGACUGGAAAUAUACUGACCGUGAUGUUAUUAUUCUAACAACUAUUAAUUGUACUAUAGUUGCUCUAUCAGCAUAUUUAGUAUCAAAAUUGUUUUAAUCCAUAAUAUUUAAGUUUUGGUUUUUAUUAUUGUUAUUAGUUUUUAUUUUCUAAUAAAUAAUGUCUCCGUUAA